AUGAUUUCGGACGUGCUCGGUUUGCUGUUCGGCCAAAUAGCUGUUCUUGCAAUGCUGCGCUUAUUCAAGACCAUGCCCAGGCAGUGGUUUCGUGAGCACAUCCAUCCCGCCAUUCGAUGGGUUUUGCGAUGUGGUAUGCCAAACUGUGCUUCUCGGAAUAUCAGAAAUCUGAAAGCAAAUUCGGCAUCGCAUUCGAACGUGGAAAAGGAUGAUGGUGAAGCAAAGGCUAUCGUAAAAACGAUCGAAAAAGCACUUCUCAAUUUGCGAAACUAUGAUUUGCAACUGCUACACUUUGAAGAGACAUUUAUUGGCUCGUUGGUCACUCUGAUGGUCAUCUUUUGCAUCCUCUUCACCCUCGGACUAUGGCUACGACGGCUGUUUUAUUUGUUGUCAAAUGUAACCAAUUACGUAAAUUUUGAAUUGUGUGAUAAGGAAGUUUAG